UUUAGAAUAAGAAAGUUAUCUAAUAUUCAAUGUCUCAUGCACUUUUUUAAAUAAAUGUACUGAAGAAAAACAACCAUUUUAUAUACACAAAUUUGACCUUUUUUAAAAGUUAAUUACUAUUUUUAAUGUUUAGUAUAAAUAAUUGUUUUACAAAUUUAAUAUUUAACUUUUUAAACACUUGUCUAGCAAAUAUUGUUACAGGAAGUAAAGAUGCCUCAAGUUUGUUUGAUUACAUAAAAAACAAUUGUCAAGAUAUAGAACCUACAUUGUUUUCUCCAGGAAGUGAAGACGACUCAAAUAUAUUUGAUUACAUUAAGGAAAUUUGUCAAGGAACUGAAUCCACAAUAAAUUUGUCAGACAUAGAACCUACUAUAUUUUUAGCAGAUGACCGGAGGACUGAGGCAGAUAAAUCUGUUCUGGACAACAAUCCUUUGGAGAAAAAUCGUUUCCCAUAUCAAGAUUCUACAGGAAAGGUUGAGUUAUGGCCCGAUUCAAAAGUUUGGAUAUAUCAAAAUGAACUUAAUAAAAUUAUGGACUUGCCUUUAUUUUAUCCAAGAACCUUUAUAAGACCGUUAUUGGAAAAUUUAAUUGGUAUAAACGAAUUACACCAUUUUUCAAGAAAAUUAAAGAAUCCGGAGGAAUUACCUAAGAAUGUCCAACUCGCAGUACUUAAAUUCGUGAAGGAUAUUUUUAAAACUAAGAAAAACUUAACAGAUGCGCUUCUAAAAAAGGCAUUACGUAGAACACUACUUCUGAUUCCAAGUAUUGCAAAUAAGGGUAAAUCUGUUCUGGACAGCAAUGCUUUAGAGAAAAAUCAUUUCCCUUAUCAAGAUUCUACAGGAAAGGUUGAGUUAUGGCCUGAUUCAACAGUUUAUAUAUAUAAACAUGAACUUGAUAGAAUUAUGGACUUGCCUUUACUUUAUCCAAGAACCCUUAUAAGAGAGUUAUUAGAAAAUUUAAUUGGUAUAAACGAAUUACACCAUUUUUCAAGAAAAUUAAAGAAUCCGAAGGAAUUACCUAAGAAGGUCCGAGUCGCAGUGUUUAGCUUCGUGAAGGAUCAUUUUAAAACUAAGAACUUAACAGAAACAGUUUUGAAAAACUCAUUAAGUGUGAUACUACGUACAAUUCCAAGUUUUUCAAAUAAAGUAACGGAGAACAGUGACCUCUUGCAGCAAGAACUGUUUUCAUUUGAAGAUAGUGCAGGGAAGGUUGAGUUAUGGCCUAAGUCAAAUAUUUGGAUAAUUGAAACAGUACGUGAUGAUAUAAAGAAAGAAUCUAAUUUAAAGCUGGUUCCGUUAAUGAGAAUCCUACUACAAAAUUUAAUUGGUAAAGGUAAAUUUCACCUUAUCGAAACUCAAAGAAGGAAAGGAGCGAAAAAGUUACCACCAAAUUUUAAAAUAACCAUCUACGCAUUUCUAAAGGAUGUAUUAAAAAACGAGAGAAUAACAAAGAAAUCAUUAGACGCUGCAUUCAAUAACAUAAUUCAUACGGAAAUGUCACAAUAUUGGAAAGGAGAACAUUAAGGUGAUGUGAAUUCAUCAACUUCAUUUAACAAAUGUAUAAAUUAUCACAAGUUUUGUUAAAAAUGUGAAGUAAUUUUUCCAUGAUAAUAAAAAAAUAUGUUAAUUUAGA